GAAUGGUAAUAUAUUGUAUAUUGUUUUGUGGUAGUGGUAUCCGACGUAAUCCUCUUUGACGAUUUCAUUUAGUCUGCGAUAGUACUAUCUACAACGUCCUCAUUUCGCGCCAAAAUAAAAUAAAUAGACAUAAUUCAUGGUCUGUACCUUAAUUCUGUACCACGAACUAUGAUUAUAAUCUUAGUCCGUGGUCUGUACUCAGUUGUACUUAGAUAGUAUAAAAACCGUAUAUUAUCUAUGGGUUAGUAGCACGAUUAUAGAUAAUCUAUUGUCGCGGUCUGCAGAGUGCAGAGUGUAUACUGUAAUUCUAAAUUUCUAUGUUUUAUUAUAUCGUCUAAUUUAUCCACGAAGGUUGAAGUAUAUUGUCAAUGCACAAAUAUUUUAUUAUCCAAUAUCCGUGUGUUUAAUUGCUGUACAUAUAUUUUAGUUACAAACCAUUGGUUUUAUUGGUUGGCUGUAUUUAUGAUUUUUAUUAUCUAUUAAUUUACAAUAGUAUCAUUGUGAAAAUGGCAUCAAAUGAAGCAGAAGAUGGAAAUAGAAGAAAUCUCAACUACGACGACUUAGAUGUGUAUAGUAAACUAGAAGUUAAACUUACAGCACGUAAUAAAAUAACAUAUCACAAAGAAAUUGUCUUACCCUGUGCUCAUAUUGAGGACACAGACCUUUCAGAUAUUUUGGAUAAUAUACCUUCAGUUAGACCCAAUAAACAUUUAGAGGAUAAUGCAAAAUCUGUUAGUUUAUUAAUGGAUAAUAUUCGCAAAGUGAAACGUGCUUCAGAAUUGGAAAUGGAUUUUACUAUUGAUGAAGGAAGAAAUGAACAUGAUGAAGUGAGUCAAGUCAUUGCACGACUUCGACAACAGUCUGAAAAACUUUUUAAAAGAAUUAUACAUACUCAAGUGGCUUUCAAUGAAUGUUUAAGUUCAACGGACGAUUUAGAAAACAAAGAACAUUUAAAAAAUCAUAUUAAGUUUAUAGAAAAAACUUGUAAAUUUGAUAGAGGUGUAGAAUCAGUAAUUCGUUGUAACAAAAAUACAUUAGAAAAACAUAUUGACAAAAACUUGAAAAUUGAAAAUGUCGAGGAAUUUAAAAAUACAUAUAAUGAAUUGGCCCAAGGAGUGUUAUCUACAAUUUAUGAUACUGGUGUGAAAACAUUCAAAAAUCAUGAACAUUUAUUAGCUAUUGAACAAUACAAUAUACCUACUGAAGAAGGAUUAGUUGCUGAAGAGUUGAUAAUAGGGAAGUUAGAUCCAUUUACAAAACAACCAAUCACUAAACCUGUACGCAACAAAAUUUGCACUCAUAUCUAUGAUCAAGAAUCAGUCAAUCAAAUGUUCCAGCAUAAACUGUUAAUAUCAUGUCCGUAUAUUGGAUGUACAAACAAACGUUUUACAAAAACUGAUCUUUCCACGAAUAGCGAUUAAUUAAUUUGUGUUUAUUUUUAAUUAAUUGAUGUAAAAAAAAAGUUGAAACUUGUUCAGUCAGGAUGACCAUGAUAAUAUUUUAUGAUAAUUAUUUUGUAUACUUUAAUUUAUUUAUAUAUAAUGUACAUAUCUAAUUUAAAAUAUAUAAUAGUAUAGUGUA